UUAAUGAGCUGCUGUGUCCCAAACACUGAUAACAGGAUCUGCUGGAGAGGAGGCCGUUUGGAGGUAGGGCAGCUCUGCUCCUCCAGCCUCCUCCCUGGCCUCUGUGUGUCCCACUCCCAAGAGGAAAGAAGCUCCCAAGGUUUGUAGAUGCCCAUGGUCAAAAAGGAAUGGCAGGUGUCAGAAGGGUCCAAAAAAGCUCACAGAGUUUUUAGUAGCAAAUUCCACUCUCAGCAUGGGAAUUGGUAUUUUUGCCCUUAUCUUCUGGUAGGAAGAGAAAUGAAAAAGGUUCAAGAAAAGAGGGAAGAGAGAGGGAGAUCAGAGAGACAAAGGGAAGGACAUCACCAGUCCUAGCUCUGGCUUCUAUCCAGCUGUGUCCAGGAUCCCAGAGGUGCCCUGUGAGCCCUGGAUCACCCUUUUACAGCCAAGUUUCCCAUACCCUGGGGCUACUUUUUUUCACUUUUGAUGCAAACAAGUCAGCAGGCACAGUCCAUCCCUCUGGAUCCUCUUAGAAAUGGGUCAGGGGGUCUCUGGUGGUUUUGAUCCCCCCUGAUUGAUCAGCCUUUGUUGGACACUCCAUGCCCUGUGCUUAUCUCCAGGAGGCAGAACAAGGUUGUUUGUCCCAAAAAAGAGCUGUCCCUGCUCCGUGUGCCCCCCUUUUCCAGCCACAUCCCGUUGUUCCCCAUUCUGUGUGUCACACAACAACCUUUGGCUGGCUCCACAGCUGAGACACACCCCUUUAUCUCCUGGCCUUCUACAGAAUCCAAAGUGAUAAACCUGGGCCUGAAAAAUGACCAGCCUGGGACUCUACUUGCUUCAGCAGAACACAGAGAAAGAGAAUUAUUUGAGAAUUUAGAUAGGAAAAAGCAUGGUAGAGAGAAAUAAGACCCCAGAGAGGAAAUGAAAGGGAGGAAAAGAGCUGAAUUGUUGCUGUCAGUGAAAACUGAGCAACUGCAGAAAGAGUUAAGGAAGAAAAGGAGGAAGACAAGCCCACACCUGGAAAAAUCAGAGGGGCUGAAAAUGUCAGAGGGUCCCCCUCCGCAGCCACACCUUAUUCCAGUUUGUCCCUUGUUACCCAGAUUUGGGACACAGCGGCACUUUAACUCCUUGGUGCCCGGGAUGCUACACCCCAGGGCACUGCCUGCACGGGGUUGGGACUCACAGCUCUCACUGGGGCCAACUCAGCUGCAGCUGCAGAAAUUCCCAUUCCUGCCACGGCAGGAAUUUGCCAUUGUGCUGCUUUAAUUUUAAACCAAGGAGUGCAGGUGCUGCGUGGAGUCAGUGGCUGUAGCCUCUGGAAUUCUUUUGGGGUUAAGGUUGGCAGAUUCCUGCUUUUCACCCAGGAGCCAUAAAUUAACCUGAGCAGUUUAGCACAGGGGGAUUUGCUCCAGGGAUUUUAACUCUUUACCCUCCGGGUCCUACACCAGCAUGCUGCUAUGUUAGUACUGGAUAGUGUGCUCCCGUGUCUAUUAAAAUUUUUUAUUAAUUGUUGACGAGAACCAGCUGGAAUGUGAAUGUCCAGACCAUUAUUCUGGCUGCAUAUAUAAGAUUCCACUUGCUGGAUGUGUGGCUGUUAAUGAAAUUUCCCUGUCUGCCCAUCCAGGAGCCACUGUGGAGUCACAGAUGAGCAUUACCCGAGCUGAGAUGGGCUCCUGUGAGCCGAUGGGUCCCUGUUUGAUCCCACACCACACUCACACGGGUUUCCUCACAGACUCCAUCCCAGAUUUCCCGUUGCUAAGCCUCGGCCAGCUGGAUCCUUGCAAUAAUGUCGUUGAUUUGAAGCAGUUGGGACAGACCUGGUUCCUCUCCGUGGGGAGCUCCUGUGGGAAGUUCAGUCUCGUGUUUCACUCGGCCACCUCGGCUCCUGCUCCUUGCCAAAACCAUGGGAAAUGCAGACCUGUUUGGGACUGAGGUUGAUUAGGAACUCCCCAAACCUUCUCCCUGCCGUGUUUUUUGGGGUUUCCCCCCGCGUUCCUGGCGCGUGACGAUGGGUUACUGCGCGGCCCUGAACUGCCAGAACGGCACGAGCGGGGCCUACAGGAACAGCUCGGUCAGUUUUUAUGGGUUCCCCCUCCACAACAAACCCCUCCUGAGGCAGUGGCUCCAAAACAUGGGCCGGGACAUGGAGACCCCCUCCAAAUACCAGUGCCUGUGCUCGGAGCAUUUCGAGGAGAGCUCCUUCGAGAGGGAUCCCGCGAAAAUCCGCAAGAAGAGGCGGCGCCUGCUGAAGGAGGCUGUUCCCAACAAAUUCCUCCUGGCCUUGGAUGGCACCUGGCUGGUGGGGACUCCCCAGGGCUUCGCCGACGUGCUGAGCAACAAAUCCCGAAAACGGAUCCGGAAUUCCGAGCCCUGCAGGGUCUCUGGGAUGUUUCCUCAGUGGCCACGUCUGCAGGAUUGGCAGAAUGAAUUUUACAAGCAAUUGCUGAAGGAGAAAUUUGGAUCUUUGAUCACACUGGGAAAAGACUGUCCUGUUCCCAAAAGUCACAUCCCAGCAGGAGGAGCAGCGCGGGUCAAGGAUCCGCAGGAUUUGGAGAGAAGGAAAAUUCCUGCCAGCCCCAGCACAGGCCACGUUGGAGCCGUGACUCGGGGAUCAUCCUCGAGAGCAUCCCAAGCCCCGCACCGCCACUGCUCCGACCUGGCAGAAACAUCGGGGAGCCGCCACAAUCCGGCAACAAAUCCGGCAAAUCCGGUGGGAAUCCGGAGCAGUAACAGAGUGCUGGCGGGGCAGGAGUUGGAUGAGUUCAGGUGGUUCCUGCUGUACCACCAGGGCCAGCCCGAGGACGCGGCGGUGCCGUGGUUCAUCUGCACCGAGUGCGGGAAGAGCUUUGUCCGCCACGCGUACCUGCUGCGGCACCAGCGCGCCCACACCGGGCAGCCAGGAAGAAACCCCCCUGCUUCCUGGAGAAAACGCCCUGCUUCCCAAAGGAACCCCCCUGCUUCCUGGAGAAACCCCCCUGCUUCCUGAAGAAACCCCCCUGCUUCCUGAAGAAACCCCCUGCUUCCAUGAGAAACCCUCCUGCUUCCCAAAGGAACCCCCCUGCUUCCUGGAGAAAACGCCCUGCUUCCCAAAGGAACCCCCCUGCUUCCUGGAGAAACCCCCCUGCUUCCUGAAGAAACCCCCUGCUUCCAUGAGAAACCCUCCUGCUUCCUGAAGAAACCCUCCUGCUUCCUGAAGAAACCCCCCUGCUUCCUGAAGGAACCCACCUGCAUCCCAGAGAAACCCUCCUGCUUCCUGGAGAAACCCUCCUGCUUCCUGGAGAAAACGCCCUGCUUCGUGAAGGAACCCUCCUGCUUCCUUGAGAAACCCACCUGCAUCCCAAAGAAACCCACCUGCAUCCCAAAGAAACCCUCCUUCUUCCCAGAGAAACCCCCCUGCUUCCUGGAGAAACCCCCCUGCUUCCUAAAGAAACACUCCUGCUUCCUGGAGAAACCCACCUGCAUCCCAAAGAAACCUCCUGCUUCCCAGGGAAACCCUCCUGCUUCCCAAAGGAACCCUCCUGCUUCCCGGAGAAAACCCCCUGCUUCCUGGAGAAACCCUCCUGCUUCUUGGAGAAACCCACCUGCAUCCCAAAGAAACCUCCUGCUUCCUGGAGAAACCCCCCUGCUUCCUGAAGAAACCCUCCUGCUUCUUGGAGAAACCCACCUGCUUCCCAAAGAAACCCUCCUGCUUCCCGAAGAAACCCUCCUGCUUCCUUGAGAAACCCUCCUGCUUCUUGGAGAAACCCACCUGCUUCCUUGAGAACCCCCCCUGCUUCCUGAAGAAACACUCCUGCUUCCAGAAGGAACCCCCCUGCUUCCAUGAGAAACCCCCCUGCUUCUUGGAGAAACCCACCUGCAUCCCAAAGAAACCUCCUGCUUCCUGGAGAAACCCUUCUGCUUCCUUGAGAAACCCCCUUGCUUCCUAAAGAAACACUCCUGCUUCCUGGAGAAACCCACCUGCAUCCCAAAGAAACUUCCUGCUUCCCAGGGAAACCCUCCUGCUUCCCAAAGGAACCCUCCUGCUUCCCGGAGAAAACCCCCUGCUUCCUGGAGAAACCCUCCUGCUUCUUGGAGAAACCCACCUGCAUCCCAAAGAAACCUCCUGCUUCCCAGUGAAACCCACCUGCAUCCCAGAAAAAAAACCCUGCUUCCUGCAGAAACCCACCCUCAGAGUCCAUCUCCACAUCACACACGUGCCACAAUCCUGCCUAGGGUACAGCUUUGCAGUCAGCUGUCAGAAAUCCUGCUGUGCCCACAGGUGGGGUUUAUAGUCCUGUGUGGGUUAGAGUGGAUUCUGGGGAUAAAGGCAGUUUUCCCAAAUUGAAUUGUGCUGGUUUGAAAGCAGACCAGUGGGAGAUCCCAAGUCAGAACUACAAUUUAAUAGGAAAAUUAAAAUAAAAUGCAGUAGUACAAAAAAAGACUGACAGAGUCAGGAUACAACCUGGCAGCCUGUGGGUCAGGGUGGUGGCAGCAGUGCCAUUCCAUGGGGGCUCAGCCCUCCUGCAGUGCCAGCUGUGCUUCUGCUGGAGCAGGAGCCUGGACAAGGCUGGAGUUUUCCUCUGAAAAACUUUCUUCCAGUGGUGGUGGAGAUGGGCCGGGGCUUCCUCUGGGAAUGCAGUGGGGCAGAAAGCUGCUCCUCUGGGAAUGCAGUGGGGCAGAAAGCUGCUCCUCUGGGAAUGCAGUGGGCAAAGGCUGCUGUGGUGUCCCAAAAUCUCAGAUUGUAUCCAGGUAGGUAUGCUUGGCUCCUCCCCUGGGCACAGCCUCUCCCCAUGGGAUGAUGGAAUUUUCUCAGCCAUGCAGGGACACUCACUGGCCAUGAACAGAUCUCCUGGAGGGAGGAUGAGUCCUGGAAGAGAUGAAGAAAACUGCCCCACCUGGUUUUAACACGUGGUGAUAGAAUACACACUUUUGGUUACAUCUUGCAUUGCAACCUAAGACAUGAACCGAGUUGUGAUUCAUUUGGUGCUGGCCUGAUGGUCACUGAUCAGGACCUGGAUGAUUCCUGUCAUUCUUACCAUGCUCCAUCCAGCUCUUCCUGGAGCAGGAGUUGGAUGGAGCAGCAUUGGCUGUACCAAAAGGAAUGUUAAAAAAACCUGGUGCACCAAACAACACGUGCUGGAGAGUAUCCAGAGUACCACAGAGAAACGGUGGAAGUUUUCAGGGAUGAAAAAUAAGGAAUUGGGAAUGGGAUUGUAAACUGAUGUUUGAAGCAACCAAUUCCAGGCAUUAUUUCCCAACUAUAGCUGUUCUCCCAUUACUGUACCUGCAGAACUAACUCUAUUUUUGGGUUCUAUUUCUAUAUUAACCCCCUAUUUUCCUGUGGGGUGAGAUGAUGCCUUGGUUUCUGAAAUUCUAGGGGAGAAAAACCCAUGGGUAUAUUCUAAAUGUGUGUACAGUGUGUCAGUGAUGUUCCUCUGGAAGGUGGAAAUGCAGCAGGGAGAAGGGGAGAGGAGAGGGAAGGGAGCACAUGCAGAUUUUGUGUUUUCUCCCCACGUGCUGGUGGUUUUCAGCACUUUUGAAUAUUCCAGUUGCAUGCCAAGAGGGAAAAUGUGUUGCCUCCAGUUGGAGGGGUGUUCUCAGUCACAGACUCCAGCUGGAAUGAAGUCUCCAGGCUCAGCAGCCCCUGAGGAGAGGCAGAGAACACCCAGCUGGGUGCUGUGCUGGAGUUCCAGGAGUUCUGAGCAGGGCUGGGAAAAUGCACUUGGCCCCAAAGCAUCCUGGCCAUCCUAGGUACAGGAAUAUGUCCCAAAAAGCCUUUUGGCACUGGCUUCUCAUUGUUUCCUUCUCAUAAAUGAAGUCCUGGGGUUGGCUCAUAAGUGAAGUCCUGGGGUGGCACUCGCUGUGUCCUGGGACCAUUGCUUUUAUUCCUGAUAGAAUCCCAGAAUGGUUUGGAUUGGAAGGGAUGUUAAGGAUCCUCCAGUGCCACCCCUGCCAUGGCAGGGACACCUCCCACUGUCCCAGGCUGCUCCAAGCCCUGUCCAACCUGGCCUUGGGCACUGCCAGGGAUCCAGGGGCAGCCACAGCUGCUCUGGGCACCCUGUGCCAGGGCCUGCCCAUCCUCCCAAGGAACAAUUCCUAAUUCCCAGUCUCCCAUCCAGCCCAGCCCUCUGGCAGUGGGAGCCAUUCCCUGUGUCCUGUCCCUCCAUCCCUUGUCCCCAGUCCCUCUCCAGGCUCCAGUGCAGGAUGUGGUUUUACAGCCUGGCCAUCCUGCACUGCUCCCAGCCCUCGGAGGAGGGACUGUGUCCUGGACUGGGAGACAACUCCAUUCCCACAGAGGGGAUGGUUCCUCUCUCUCCUGGCCCCUGGAUCCUGUGGGAUGCUCCAGGCCUCACUCCUGAGGGGGCAGAGCUGCUGUGUCAGACCCAGCUUCAACUCCCCACUGCAACAAGGAGUGGGACCUUCAGCAGGUGCUGUCCUGGGGAUCAGAGCUUCUGAACUGACAUUCCCAAGGACAUAUCAUCUGCGUGGUAAGAGACGUUUGGAAAAUUUGGGGAAUAAACCAAGCAAAC